AUGCAGCCCACUCGCCUGCUGCUCAAACGAUCCGUGUGGAAAGGCCCGCACCUUGUCCCACUGUCGAUCGUGUGGCCCAAGAAACAGGGCGACAACGUCCCUCCGGUACGCACGCAGGCCCGCUCGGCCACCAUCCUGCCCAACUUUGUCGGGCUCAACUUCGAGAUCCACAACGGCCGGGACUAUCUCCCCGUGACUAUCUCUGAGGACAUGGUUGGUCACAAGCUCGGAGAGUUUGCGCCGACGCGGAAACCCAAUAUCUGGUCCAAGUCUAAGAAAUGA